AUGGAAUUAUUUUGAAUCUGGCAACCAAUAAACUAUAUAUACAGAAAAUUUAGCGUCACUUUGCCAUUUUCUUUCAGUCUUCGGCAGUGCAAGGUAGACGUAUGUGACUCUUAGUCAGCCUGUCGAAUAUUUCAUUCCAUUAUCAUUUCAUUAAGUAACUACUCAUCUCAUCUGUGCUACCAUGUCUCAACAAUUUUGUUUAAAAUGGAACAACCAUAUGAACAAUAUGAUGGAUGUUUUCAAAAGCCUCCUCUCUACCGAAACAAUGGUAGAUGUGACUCUAGCUUGCGAUGGUCUGAGCUUAAAGGCGCACAAAAUGGUUUUGUCAGCUUGUAGUCCUUUCUUCCAAUCCUUGUUUUCAGAAAAUCCCUGCCAACACCCAAUUGUGAUAUUAAAAGAUAUGAAAUAUACAGAACUUAAAGCUAUUAUUGAGUUUAUGUAUCAUGGUGAAGUGAAUGUUGCUCAAGACCAAUUGUCUGCUCUCAUGAAAACAGCAGAGACACUUAGAGUGAAAGGUUUAGCUGAAGUGACAAAUGAGAAAGAUUCUCAAUCUAAUAACUCAGCUCAGGACGAACCUACUCACAGAUCUGUUCCUAGGACGGAUUCGCCCCCUCAGAGUAAAAGGAGAAGAGGUCGAACACGUAAACGGUCUCUUAGUGACUCUAAUCGUAGUGAUGAUGACUCUAACGAGCCUAAAAUCAAACAACCAAUGUCUCCGGACAUUGAAGAACUAUCUGGUGAUGUGACGAUGGACGUUUCUAGUUCUCAGUUUUCUAGUUUGCAAUCUCAGGUGCCUAUGCAAUCUACCCCCUCACAUAGUUCGAACACUUAUAAAACCUCAUCUGUGAUAUCUCAUGAUCCUCAUGUAGAAGAACCAACCUCUGCUGAUGAAAGUGAGUUUGGGGUUGAGCCUACUAAGCUCCUGGAACAAACAUUAACAACUGAAGAGCUCAAUGCUAGGAGAAGGUCUUCAAAUGUUGAAAUGCAGAGGAGGCCUAGAGGUAGCACAGAUCAUUCUACAAUAGUGCCAACAUCUAUGUCAGAUACAUCUAAUCAACAACCAGAUAGUCCAGUUGAUAUUAAACCAGAAGUAUUAGACUUAGAACCACCUAUGUCCACUCCAGGACCCUCUCAUAGUAAUGAUAAUGCUAUGAUGGUCUAUAUGGAUCAAUCGAACUCUUCUCAUCCAGGGCCGAGUGGUUACCAGGAUAAUUCAGCCCUGGUACCACAGGACUCUCAACAGCAAGGUAAUUAUCAUGCCGUAAUGACUUAUUGUUAAAUUCAUUUGGACUUAGGAGGAUGUUUUUAUGAAUUGAAUUAGGUUGCAUCAACAUCUUGACAAAACUUGUCUUCAUGCAGAGUUCAGCGUGUACUUUUCUUUAUCUUAUUAUUGGAAUAAUUUUUCCAUUAAAUUUAUUUGCUAAUAAACUAAUCAUUACUAUAGCUGCCUGAGAUUUACUCGCGAAAUCAAAAGUCGAUAAUCCACAAAGUAUGGCAUAUUUUUGUCAUUUAGAAUGUGUCUGAAACUGCUAAAUCUGAAUUCUUAUUCUCGUGAUUUUAGUGACAAUCAUAAGUUGUCAUAUUUACUUGAUUUAAAAGUUGCGCUUUAAGAUUUUGUAUUUACCUAAUUAAAAUGUACAUUGUGCUUUCUAUCCGCAUAGUUAAUAUCAGACAGCAGUUUGUUUUCUCCUGUUUUUAAAAUCAGAUUGUGGUUUGUAUUCACACAAUUGUAAUAUCAACAAUAAAUUUUUGUAUUUGUACACAAUUAAAAACUAAAGAAAGUUUUCCUUUAAUUAGUCAAGAGUUUUUCGCUUAGUCACAAUGAGCUUGUCAUGCAUGUUUCUGUUACUAAGAAGUUGGCAGCUAUGCAUUACAUAAGUUUAUAAAAAAUUAAAGAAAUUUAAUUUAGAUGCAGUUAUUUUAAAAUCUAAAACAUCUUAAAAAUCUAAAAUAAAGAUAAUCUAAUUCAGAAAUACCUUGUCAAUGUGAAAUGAUUAAUUUCAUUUUGCAUUAUUUCAAGUGCAUAGAGACAAGUUUGUAAGGUAUUGAUAACUUAAAUAUAAGGCUUUUACCUACUUGGUCUGCUGUAAUUUUAAAUUUCAGCUUUUUAUAAAUAGUAAAAUACCUGAGUAUUUUACAUUAAGAGUUUUAAAUAUCAUCUCUGCCAACAACACCCUUACAUCUUAUUAAAAUUUUCAAUGUGAAUGUUUUAUAUUUCAAAACUAGAAAAAUAUAAUCCUUUAAAAAAAUAUUUUUAUGAAGUAAUCUUACUGAGAAAAAGCUCUAAAUUUUGUAAGAUGUUAAGUAUAUCAGUAUCAUUCAUAUUUUAUUUCAAGGAAAGUUAUUGCUCUGGUGGAUCAAAAGUUCUAACAUGCUAGUUUGAAUUGAGCAAUUAGGUCUAUAAAGGGUUAACAGCUUCUCUUUGAUUUUUAUAUUUUUAAGAAAAAUGCAAAUAGAAAUUAAGUACUUGCUCACAUUUUUAUGUAUUUUGAAGAAUUAAAUUUAUUGAGUGUCAAUUGGUUUACCUAAGUGUCACCUAAUGAAAAUGCAAUGAAGUUUAAUAUUCUUAAAAAUAAUUUUCUGGUACAUUAUUUCUUAAAAAAAAAUUUCUGCCUUUUAUUUGCUUAACUUAACUACUAAAUUUUGUGCUCUUAAAAAUAGAUCAAUAUGAAUACUUUCUUAUUAAUGUUGAAAUGUUCUUAAGUUUCUAUUUUGAAAGUUGGCAGGUCGAUAUAUUUCAUAAGGUUUUUUUUUUCUUUUCAUUAAUUGAUAACAAUAGUAGUAUGGGUUUGACCCACUACUAUUUUUAGGAGUUAACACAGCCUCCUAGUUCAUUUGAAUAUGUACUUGUUAUAGUUUUAUCAAGAUCACUGUUUUCUGUUAUGUGAAUGCUUAUUAAAUUUUUUUUUUUAUCUAAUAUAUAAGCUAUGCCUAUCCAAUGAAAUUAAGAAAAAGUUCUCAGAUUUAUCUUCAUUUCUGGAAAAUAAUUUUUAUUUUGUUGCAAAUUUUAGUAAAAAAUUCAUAGUUUUAGAAAAAAAUAACAUAAAUAGAAAAUGCAUAAUUAAUAUUUUAAAAUGUCAGUAUAUUCACCUUUAUUACUAAAUUAUAGUCAAUAUUGUUUAAUAAAGCAUAAAAUUUUUAAAAGAAGCUCCCAUUUUAAGAAUUGUAGAGGAUCUUUAAUUAAUCUAAUGAUGAUGAAAAAUAUUUUGCCUGAAUGUAAAGGUUAAAGAAAAUUAUGAACUUGAUAAGACUUAUUAAAUUUGUAGCCUAUUAAAAUAUUUUUGCUAUGUCUUAAAUUUUACUGUUAUUUUAAAAAUUAAGAUUAUGAUAUAUUAUGCUUAUGUUUAAACCUAUGUUUUGAAAGAUUACUGUGGUUUAUUGAUUCCUUAAGCUUAUAAGCUAUACCAAAUCUUUCAAAAUAUGGAUUUUAUGUGGUAAGUUAUGUUUAUUAGUAUAUAUAUAUUAGAGAGAAAAUCAUUUAACCUUUAUUCAAAAUUCAGCUCUGUGCAAUUUUUGGGGAACUAAGUUUACCCCUCUCCCUUGCAUAAAGAAAUCUAAUGUUACUGAAUCUCUCUAAUAUGUACCGUUUUUACUGAAUCUCCCUGAAAUGUACUGUUUGUAAAAAUGUGCUAAUGGUUAUUCGGAGUAAGAGCAUUUCAGCGACGAAACCGCUACUCGAUUAUCGCUAUUGUGACGUCUUGCCGCUCGCUCGUUUGCUCAAGAUUCGCGAUGGUCAUCUUUGAAGAAAGGAUUCCAUUAAAUGGUGAGUUAAGCUCUUUACUACUUCCUUUCAUUAUCUUGUAAAAAAUUAUGACAGUCAUGGGUAAGGUGACUUGGUAUAAGUGUACUAAUAUUUUUAUUCCCACAAAUAGGAUAAUUGUCAAUAUCAUUGUAAAAAUGGCUUAUUGUAAUGUAAAACUUGUAGAUUUGAAUGUGUUCUCCAAUUUGUAAAGCAUGCCCCAUGCUGCUGGGAAAAUAAAAUUUUUGUAAAAUAAAAUUUUUGUUAUUUUC